GCCCGCCGCGCUCUGGGCGGCCCGACCGAGCGGCCGGACCUCGCGCCCCGCGCGCCCCAGCCGGCUUUUGUUGUCUCCGCCUUCUCAGCCCCGCCGCCUCGGGACCGCGAGCGGUGCGCGCCAGGACCUUGGCUCUGCCCUUCCCGGGCGGGGACUGCGUGGGGCUAGCCGGGAUCCGAGAGAGGCGCGCGCGGGCGGCCGGGGGCGCCGCCGGCCCCGCCAUGGAUCUGCGGGCCCGAGGCUGGUGGCUGCUGUGCGCGGCCGCCGCGCUCGUCGCUUGCGCCUGCGGGGACCCUGCCAGCAAGAGCCGGAGCUGCAGCGAAGUCCGCCAGAUCUACGGGGCCAAGGGCUUCAGCCUGAGCGAUGUGCCCCAGGCGGAGAUCUCGGGGGAGCACUUGCGGAUCUGCCCCCAGGGCUACACCUGCUGCACCAGCGAGAUGGAGGAGAACCUGGCCAACCGCAGCCGCACAGAGCUGGAGACGGCACUUCGCGACAGCAGCCGGGCCCUGCAGGCCACACUGGCCACCCAGCUGCACGGCAUUGACGGUCACUUCCAGAGCCUGCUGAACGAGUCGGAGCGCGCACUGCAGGAGGCCUUCCCGGACGCCUUCGGGGGGCUGUACACGCAGAAUGCCCGGGCCUUCCGGGACCUGUACGCCGAGCUGCGCCUCUACUACCGCGGAGCCAACCUGCACCUGGAGGAGACGCUGGCCGAGUUCUGGGCCCGCCUGCUGGAGCGCCUCUUCAGGCAGCUGCACCCCCAGCUGCUGCUGCCCGACGACUACCUGGACUGCCUGGGCAAGCAGGCCGAGGCGCUGCGGCCCUUCGGGGAGUCCCCGCGGGAGCUGCGCCUGCGGGCCACGCGGGCCUUCGUGGCGGCACGCUCCUUCGUGCAGGGUCUGGGCGUGGCCAGCGACGUGGUCCGGAAGGUGGCCCAGGUGCCCCUGGGCCCCGAGUGCUCUCGAGCUGUCAUGAAGCUGGUCUACUGUGCCCACUGCCUGGGGGUCCCUGGUGCCCGGCCCUGCCCCGACUAUUGCCGAAACGUGCUUAAGGGCUGCCUGGCCAACCAGGCAGACCUGGACGCCGAAUGGAGGAACCUUCUAGACUCCAUGGUGCUCGUCACCGACAAGUUCUGGGGCCCGUCGGGAGCAGAGAGCGUCAUCGGCAGUGUGCACAUGUGGCUAGCAGAGGCCAUCAACGCCCUCCAGGACAACAAGGACACACUGACGGCCAAGGUCAUCCAGGGCUGCGGGAACCCCAGGGUCAACCCCCAGGGCCCUGGGCCUGAGGAGAAGCGGCGCCGGGGCAAGCUGACCUUGCAGGAGCAGCCCCCGACAGGCACGCUGCAGAAGCUGGUCUCCGAGGCCAAGGCCCAGCUCCGAGACAUACAGGACUUCUGGAUCAGCCUCCCAGGGACGCUGUGCGGUGAGAAGAUGGCCAUGAGCUCUGCCAGUGAUGACCGUUGCUGGAACGGGAUGGCCAAGGGCCGGUACCUACCCGAAGUGAUGGGUGACGGCCUGGCCAACCAGAUCAACAACCCCGAGGUGGAGGUGGACAUCACCAAGCCAGACAUGACCAUCCGGCAGCAGAUCAUGCAGCUGAAGAUCAUGACCAACCGGCUGCGUGGGGCCUACAGUGGCAGUGACGUGGACUUCCAGGACGCCAGUGAGGGUCCCGGCCCUGACGGUGAUGACGGCAGUGGCUCAGGCAGCGGCGGUGGCUGCCCUGACGUCAUCUGCGGCCGGAGGGUCAGCAAGAAAAGCUCCAGCUCCCGCACGCCCUUGACCCACGCCCUCCCCGGCCUGUCCGAGCGAGAGGGGCAGAAGACCUCGGCCGCUGGCCGCCCCCAGCCCCGUGCCCUGCUCCUGCUCCUGCUCCUGCUCCUGGUUCUCGCGGCAGCCAGGCCCCGGUGGCGGUAACUGCCACGGCCCAGGGACGAGGCCAAGGACAGACUUUGCCAAAACGCAAAACAGGAUAUUUAAUUCCCCUUGGCCUGCAGAGGCCCAGGGUAGGACGAGGGGACAGUGGCUCUGUGUGCUGGGCAGGGUGCGUGGGGCCCCAGCACCCAGGCCUGGCCUCACCUGCCACCCUGGCUUUUAAUUUUGUAUGAGGUCCUCAGGUCAGCUGGGAGCCAGUGUCCCCAAAAGCCAUGUAUUUCAGGGACCUCAGGGACAUCUCUGGCUGCCCGUACCCCCCCACCCCUCCCAAGGCCCAUGGAGGAGGUGACCCUUAGCAACGUCCCGCUGGAGACCUCGAGCGAGCCUGUGCCUUCCUCGCUGCCUUCUGCCGGGGACUCUCUGCUGGACCUCCCUGGCUUCACAUCAGCAAGGCCCACCCCUCCGCACCCCCAGGGUGUCGGGGGCCCCUGACCAUGCUCUGGCAGGGCCUCUGAGCUUAUGCAUGAUGCCUCCCACCCAGUGGGGCUCUGAAGCCAGGGCCCACUCUCCCUGUGUCGCCUCAGAGUCCCAGUGGACGCAGUCCACCCUUGGGGCCGUGCCAGCACAGCCAUACCCCGGCUCUGCUAUGUUGACCUUUUGCUUGUGGGUGGGGUGCUGUCCCCACCACCCAGGGAAGCAGAGGGCCUGCCCCUCACUUGUGCUCACAUACACAGGCCUUCUGGGGCCAGGUCUGCAAGAGGAACCCCACUUCUGGGGAGUAGCCAGCCAUUCCUACCCCACCCCACCCAGACAGGAUGGCCCUGGGGCUGCGGGCCAGGGCAUAGCCUGACAGUCGAGGGCUUCUCCAGCACAUGCACAUUCAAACACUUCUUUCCCUGCCCCGAGACCUGCACCUCAGUCCUCCUGAAGCAUUGGAGGUCCUGGAGCCCAGCUUGGACCCUGGGGCCCUUCAGUGGCCCUGGACUGAGUGUGCCCAGCUCACUGAGGGCAUCGGGCCCUCGGGCAUGGGCAAGUCCUCCCCGUCUCCAGGCCCAGAAGCCAGCAAGCCCUGGAGCAGGGACUGGCGUCCUAUAAGAGGGGCCCCUGCACGGCGAAGGACGACAGGGGGCAGACACCGAGUUGCCACAGCCAGGGACAGUCGUUCCGACCCACACGGGCCUUGAGAAGGUCACUCAGUGCUUCUUUGAUCUCUGCUGCUGGGCCGGGGGGUCUUCCCACCUGCACAGUGGGGGAGGCUGUGGGUGCUGGUCCAGCCCCUUGGCACAGGGUGGGAGACUCAAGCUGGUCCUUGGACGUGUUGGGUCAGGCCCUUGGGACCCCUGCCCUGUAAGAGCCCCGUAAGUGCCAUGCAGGCUGAGGUGGCUGGAGCCGACCCAAGCCCCGGGACAGAGGACCCAGUCCUGGGAGGCAGCAGUGACACUGCCCGUGAUGGCCAGGGGUGACACCCCGCACUACCCCACAUGCUUCUCUGGAAGGGGCAACCCUGAGCAGCCACUGGUCAGGGCAGUGGCCCAGCCUGCUGUGUCCUUCCUCAUGAGGCCCCUGGUCACUCAGUGCCAGCAGGUCGCCAGGUCACAUGUGUCGAGUCCUUGUAUGAAUAAAAGGCUGGAGACCCACA